AUGGCGAGCCCGACCACCGGAUCCAGAAUUGGGUUCUAUAUGGAUGGAUCGUCAGCGGUCCCAAUCUACUGCCCAAAUGGAAAGCCCUUUGGCAUCACCGACCAGCUUGGACGGUGCGACAUCACACGAGCAGCGACGGCAAUAGAGUGUUUGUCAGGCGGCAUUCCGGACGGCUACGUAUUAGAAAAAUAUGUCUACUCGAUCCGUGGAUCCAGCUGGACUAUCAAUCAGUCACAGUAUUGCCCAACUUCCGCGCCUUGCGUGACCGUCACCUUAUACGAGGAUAUGGAAGCGUCGGCGAGUAGUUUUAGCAUGUUCCAAUGCCGCGGCUCAAUCCAACUGCCGCGCGGUGUUACGGAGGUUUUCAUGACCAUUCCUUCCACCAACGUUGGCGAAGCUAUCACGACGAAUACAGCAAAUUCGCGACAGCAAACCACUGGAGGAAGGGAUGCCAGUAGCUUGGCCCCGACCUCGAGGUCAACAGCCUCAGCUCCAGGCCAAACUGAAAACGCAGUCCAGGGAGGUGGAACCAAUCCCGGCGUGAUUGCCGGCGCGGUCGUCGGGGGCGUAGUAGGCCUUGGGCUUAUAAUUGCAGUCGUGGUAUUUGCCUUCCUACUAGGAAAGAGAAGAGCACCCCGGGAUGGCGCAAGCGGAGGGCGCAAGGAUGGUGGAGAUAUCUCGGGGCCGUCACCUCACAACGAAAUGAUGACAACUCCGGAGUUGCAAGCCACUAAAACCAAGGCUACUUUUACGCAAGUUUCUAGUGCUCAAGAAUUGGGUGCAGAUGCUAGAGCAAACAGCCAAAGGACUGAACUUCCGGAGGCUCAGAGGUCCGGGCCCCCAGAGUUGAUGGCAGAUAGUAGAGGAGCCGGUCCUGGUUCUGAGCUUCCGGCGAUGCCCUCUUCACAUCAAUGGCCUACGCCAGGCACAUAUCCGUCUCCUUAUGAGAUGGAGGGCUCAUAUCGUCCGCCUCAAGCCCCAUAG